UCUGCAACGAGUCCGCAGACGAAAUUGUAAAUAGCCUCCUGGAGCGGAGUCAGUUGAAAGAGGUGGAGAAAAGGGCAGACAUAUAAAUUUAGAAAAAAAACGACGUAUAGAAAAUUCGUAGGCUACUCGGUCAGGCGGGCAGAUAUGUCGACUCGACCAUCGAAAAAAACGACGUCACAUCGGGUUGAAAGAGACGCGCAUUAUAUAAUCUUCAUAAACCUGCCUCGUUGUAUCCGUUUUUUUUAUCAACCAAUGGCCUCUUCUGGACAGCUAUGCAUAUGAAUAUAAAUGCAAAUAUCUGGUAGCGCACUGCUUGAACCGAAAUGUCUGUGUUUAUUUGUGCUGUUGUUAUUUUUAGCCAAAACCAUCCAUGUUUCAUCUGAUGGUUCCGUAAAGGCGCAUAAUUAUAUAGCAUUACAUUAUUUUAUUUGUGAAUGGGGUUUAUCCCUCUGUUUUUUUGGAGAGGAACAUUUUUAUAACGUCGCAAUGAACUGCAUCAUGGAUUUCAAUCAGAUUUCUUAGGGUAUGGUGCCGGUUUAAUCGGUGGAAAGAGGGAAACGCUGUUCAUGUAAACAAGAACCGAGAAUCCUCUCAGAUCCGCCCCAUUUAUUUAUUAUAUCUUUCAGUAUUUCUUGACACAUUUGGAAAAGUGCUUUUUUCGACCGUUCUUCCACAAAGACAGCAAUGUCAUCAUCAACAUCCCGGCGUGGUUUUGUUGUUGUCUGAUUUUACUACUGGAUAUCGGCAGUUACCCCUGCGCCAAGCCAUACAUCAGUAUUUCUAUAAGGUGACUCAAGCUUGGUCUGCAGUGACAUUCAUCCCCUUCACCCUAUUGGUCUUCUAUACCAUGAGCUCUGGCUCCGCCCAGGAUGUGGCGGUGGAGCAUUUCUUGCGUGACAUAGAGAGGAGGGGCAAGCGGCUACAUUGCGCUGUGAUUGGCUGCGAGGAGGAGCAGUGUCCCCGCGGCGACAUGAACCUGCUGUAUCGUAAGAGCCGGCUGGACUGGAGGCACAAGGACCAGGAAGGCAAUAAAAAGAGCUCCAGCCAGAAAGACCCCUCCUCAGCAACGGUGGGCAAGGUCCGUGACCUGGCGUCCUUCCGACGCCACUUCCGCAUGGGCUUCAUGACCAUGCCUGCCUCCCAGGAUCUGUCCCCUCACUCCUGUGCCUCUGCCAUGGCCCCCCGCUCCCAGUCCUGCCAUGCAGUGGGCGCUAGAGACACAGGUCUGGAGAAUGGGGAGGAUUAUUCUGACACCCAGUCACAGCAUGGCGGGCGCUGCCCCCCUACCAAACCCAAACGACACCCCAGCACCCGCCUCAGCUCCUCAGACCCCAGAGCACCUCACGUCCUCCCGGACACCCCUCCACCGCCCCUACCCACUCACUCGCAGGCCAAACACUCAGAGAAGAAGAAUGCAAUGAAGAAGUCAGACUCGGGGGACAUGUCCAAGAAGGUGCCGCCUCUGAAGCCCAAACGAAGUCCCAGCACUCAGCUCUCGUUUGACCCCCCACCAGCCCGCGUGCCCCCUCCUGCCACGCCCCUGCCUUUCCAGGGGGGUGAGGGUAAGCCCCAGGGUGAGGAGGGGGAUGAUGAGCCUGUCUACAUAGAGAUGGUGGGCCAGGUGUUCACAAGGGAGAGCCAGACUGCCACCCCUCACCCUGUCACUCCCGUCGCCACCACACCCGACUCAGACUCAGACCAAAACGAGGCCAUCUAUGAGGAGAUGAAGUACCCGUUGCCAGAGGACAGAGAGGGACACAAACGUAUCCCUCUCAAACACGAGAGACUCAAAUCCUCCAAACACCACUCCUCUGGCAUCUCUGCCCCUCUACCUCGCCCCUCCUCCUCCCCCUCCUGUUCCAAACCUAAAGCCACAGUGUCCAUUUCCCACUCCUCGCCCCUCCCCUCCUCCACCUCCACCACCCCUGUCCCCCAGCCACUCUCCUCCAGCCCGCAACCCCCACGGGCCCCUACUCCCUAUCUCCUCCAGGGGAACAAAUCAGAGACAGAGUCCACCAGUAAGAUCCCGGCCCCCUUCCCCAACCUGCUGCAGCACCGGCCUCCGCUGCUCGCCUUCCCCCAGCCAGCUGCUGCCUCCAGCGGGGUCGGGGUCCAACACAAAGCUGUUGCUGCCAAACUGGGAACCAUCAGCAUCCAGACCUCCUCCAGUAUGACAAUGCCAUCCAGCACCUCCUCUGCCUCUACCACCCCCUCCUCCAAUCUCCCCAUGCUCCUGUCAGGCUGUAAGGAGUCUAAGGAAAGAGACAAGCAGAGCAGAGACAAAGACAAAGACAGAGACAGAGACAGAGACAGCCAGCUCGACCCUGCACCGGGUCUAAGGGCCAGGAGCCACUCCACACCGCUGCCCCCUUCCUCCAAGUCCACCUCCCCUUACUCCCACCAGCACCACCACCCCCACCACCGCCCCUCACACUACCACCACUACCGCAAGCCAGAUAGAGGAGACUCGCCCAACCCCAACACCAACAACAAGAAUGGCUCAGAAACCUCCUCCAAGUCCACUGCCCAGACCCAGACCCAGGGCUCUGGCAAGGAGGGCAAGUCUGUGAGCUUCUGCUUGAAGUCAGACAAAGGAGACAGGGACAGGGACAGAGAGAGGGACAGAGAGAGGGAAAGAGACGGUCAUAGGGACAAUCACAGAGACAGGGAUAGUGACAGAGAGAGACACAGGGAGAGAGACAGAGAGCGAGACCGUGACAAAGACAGAGAAACAGGGUCCCACUCUACCUCCUCUCAGGCUGAGAGCACUCCCACCACCAACAGCCAUUCAUCCCAGACCAGCACCAGUUCAAACCCAAACCAGUCCUCCUCCACCUCCUCUCACUCUCGCCCUCACUCUCGUUCCCACCUCCAACGCACCCACACCCCUCAUGGCCUGCCUGCCUACAAGCCCCCCUCCUCAGACAGCCCUCUGCUCUGGACCUACCCCUCAGUGGGCUUCCGGAGACCCCCGGCGUACGACAGCCUGCGAGGAGGGUCUCAUCUGCCCUCCUUGCACCACCAGGGUCAUGGUGAUGUGGCCUCCAAAAGCAGCACGGUGCCUGGGCCCGUCCAGGGGAAGGCUGGGUUCAUGCCCUGGGACAGCAGUGGCUUUGGAGACGACGGGUCCUACUGGCCCGUGCAGAGGAAACUCUCCUUCAGCCAUGGCAGCCGAGAGACAGCAAGAGAAAAGGAUGAAGGACGUGCAUGGAAUGGUAGUGCCGAUGCCCUCCUGAGGGUGGACAAGGAGGAACUGGUCCCAGGGCAUCGAGGAAGAGGAGGAGGAGGAGGCCACUCUGGGAUCCCAGUACGCUUCACUGGAGGGAGGGGGCUGGGCCACAGUGAGUCCCUGGCCGGGAUGGAGGAGGGGUUCUUGGGGUUCCGAGCCCUGCCUAGAGGGGGUCUACCUCUCCCCUGCCAAACCUUCCCAGCCUAUCGCAAUGGAGAACUGGGUCGAUUCGGCCGCUCAUCAUCCACCUCUGGGGCGAGGCAGGUGGGUGGAUGCGACGUUCAGAGGCAGAGCAGCCUGCCUCAUCGAGAGGCACUGAGUCAGUUGCAUGGGCUGUCCCACUCCUCCCAGACACCCUGCAGUCCCAGUCUGUCUCGACAGCAGCAGCAGCUCCAACUCCAUCAGCAGCAGCUGCAGUUACAGCAACAGCUCCAGCAGCUGCAGCAGCAGCACCACCUCCAGCUGCAGUUCCAGCACCUGGCUCAGCUAGCCCAGGGACAGCCUCCCAACACCGGGGGCGCCGCCGCAUCCGCAGCCCAGACCCAGAGGGAUGGUAAGCUGCUGGAGGUCAUCGAGAGGAAGCGCUGCCUAUGCAAAGAGAUCAAGGCCCAGCGGCGCCCGGACAAGAGCCUGUGUAAGCAGGACAGCAUGCCUAUCCUGCCCAGCUGGAGACGGACCCCUGAACCCCGCAAGACGGGCACACCUCCCUGCCAGAGGCCGCAGGCUGUGGUGUGGGACACUGCCAUCUGAGGGGGGUGGGUGGAGCAGGAGAGGUACAGUAGAAAGAUAGGGGCAAGUACUAUGUACUAAAUAAGUACUAUUGGGUACAAUUGUUGUGAGACACAAGAAGUUUACAAGUGGAGAGAGAUGGUGGAAAUCACUUUCUACAAAAGGUGGAGGACUGUUUUCUCUCUUAGGAGUGACAGUGUGAUUACCACUGACCACAGAAGAGAGAGAAUAUGCAUGAGAGUAAGAUGAGAGUUUUGUGCUCUCACAUGGUAAGACACACUUCAUGUGGAGCUGAUACAAGGUCGUCAAGGUUACUGAGAUGUUUAGAGGUGUGUGGGCCAGAAAAAUAAUGAACAACUGAAAUAUAAACGUGAUUUAAAGUAUGACUUUGUAGAGAUGGAAAAAGAUGGGGAAGAUUCAGUUGAGGGAUAUACCAAUACAACAUGAAACCAAGAAGAGACAUACAAUCAGUCAGUACUGUGUGAUAUUUUACACUUUAAAUGUGAUUUCUUACCGUUUAAAUGUAGUAUUCUAAAAGCCCUUCCUUGACUCUUUAGUUAUUUAUUAAACUCUAGUCGACUCAACUUCGCUGAUAUAAAAUAAAAGGGGAGUAUUUAUACUAUAAGAGGGAGUAUUUUUACUAUAAGAGGGAGUAUUUAUACCCUAAGAGGGAGUAUUUAUACUAUAAGAGGGAGUAUUUAUACUAUAGGAUGGAGUAUUUAUACUCUAAGAGGGAGUAUUUAUACUCUAAGGGGUAGUAUUUAUACCCCAAGAGGGAGUAUUUAUACUAUAAGAGCAACACUGGUUCAAUUCAUUUGGCCUAAUUUUCCCUAAAUUAAAGUAACUGUCCAGUGUUUCCAGAUUACUAUGAAAUAUUACCUAUAGCUACUUACAUUAUGAGUAAAAUAGUUUUCCUUCCAACAUUUUAUAAUUAAGUAUGUUAAAAAUCAGCUUUUCUGUGGCGUGGGUGUACCAGAACAACAGAAUGGUGUGGGCGUACCAGAACAACAGAAUGGUGUGGGCGUACCAGAACAACAGAAUGGUGUGGGCGUACCAGAACAACAGAAUGGUGUGGGCGCACCAGAACAACAGAAUGGUGUGGGCGUACCAGAACAACAGAAUGUUGUGGGCGUACCAGAACAACAGAAUGGUGUGGGCGUACCAGAACAACAGAAUGGUGUGGGCGUACCAGAACAACAGAAUGGUGUGGGCGUACCAGAACAACAGAAUGGUGUGGGCGUACCAGAACAACAGAAUGGUGUGGGCGUACCAGAACAACAGAAUGGUGUGGGCGUACCAGAACAACAGAAUGGUGUGGGCGUACCAGAACAACAGAAUGGUGUGGGCGUAUUACUGGUGAUUCAAAAUAUUAAUGUGAGUAGGCCACUCAGGAGUAUGAGGAAAUAGCAUGCAUUUUUUAAACCUCUGAGAUACAAGUUUAAGUAGUUUUUUCUCUCCAAUGUAUACUUUGGCCACAAAUACAAGUAUAGGACAAGUCAACAACAUUAUUUGGUAUGAGUUAACAGAAUAUGAACUUUUGAAGUGAGAUUUUCACUGAACAGUUACUUUAAGUACAGCUUACAUCAACUCAUGGUUGACAUGAAACCUCUCUCCCUCAAAUGUCAUGGACAUUGGGAGGGAGAGUUUGAAUGAGACUUAAGGUUGAUUCUCAGCAAGAUACAUUUUAUACACACUUGUGUUCAAGCAUAUAGACAUAAACUUGGUUUCCAUCCAAUUGACGACAGAUUUACAUGCGAAUAUUCUCAAAUCCACAUAAAAACAAUAUGUGCAUUUUCCCACCAGAGAUGUGUUUCCAUUAAAUGAACUUGUUGCACAUAAAAGGCUGUGAGUGAUGAAUUAGUGCACAUAAAAAUAAAUGUUGCUGUUAAAUUGUACUGCAUAAAAAAUACUUUUUCAAGUCUACUAGUGGUUUUCGAACAAAACAUGUUGCUUUGUUAUAGCGAGUGUGCACACCGAUAUUGAUGAAAGAUUAUCAUGGACAAAAGAGCAAGAUUAUGUGCAUUUGUCAAACGGCAGCCAAGCAUCGAUGAUCAUGUCACCCGAAGACCAUCGAUAUUUAUUGGAAAGUAGCAUCAAGCUCAUCACCUUGCACGUUCACCACCCAGUGAACUUCAUCGUAAUUUAUUUAAUCUGUAGCUUUAUAAACUGCAUCCUUUCCCGACGAGUCCUAGUGGGAUGACCACACAACAUGUCAUCGCGUGACUUCAAAUUUACUUCGAUAUGAUGGUUAUAAUAUUAAUAUUUGCGCAUAAUAGCAUUUCCACCGAUAUUUCUCGCAUAAUUAAUUUUACCGACACAAAAAGAUCCCACCUUCUCUAGAAUAUUUUGUUUUGUCGACAUUUGAAAAGUUUACCAAAAAAUGUUCUGUUUCCAUCAGGCCUGGCAUUACAUUUUUUUGUACUUUCCUCACAAAAAAAGUUUGGAUGGAAACCUGGUUACAGACAUUUAAAACACACUUCUCUCUAUCCUUUUAUAAAAAUGAGAUGGGAUAAGGGAUUCUUACUAUUAUAGAAACAUUGAAACAUGUUGAGUACAUAUGAGAUGGAUUGGUUUGCCUUGUGGUUUGGGUAGAAAUAGAUUGUUAUUGUGGAAAUGAAGUGAUCAUGAUUGAAGAGGGAAAUACAACCUGACUGUUUGCAUAUUUGCAAUGUAAAUAUACAGACUUUCUCAAAGUUUCUGCAAUUUUAUAGCAAUAUGUUCCCAAUGUGGGAGUAACGAUGUUAAAACGUGUCAGCUGGCCAAAACAUAUCUCAGACUUGAACUCAAAGUCACAGUUAACGUGUCAUAUCCUGCAUGUCAUUGAUCAGACGUACAGUACGGUUUAAAACCACAUCAAUUAAUUGUGAGGAUAUGGUCAUUUGCGAUUUUAACAUUAUUCUUGAAGAUGCCAUUAUAUAACUACAUACAACUUGAAAAGUCCUGCUGAAAUGUUAAAUUGGAGUUGUUUAAAACGAUGAAAGUGUUGCUGGGGGAAUCAUUUAAAAAAUACAUUAUGACAGAUGGCACAUUCUGUACACUCAAAUGCAAUACAAAAGGACACAGAUGAAUUGUACAAAAAACAUCACCAGUAAAAGAAAACACCACUGGUCAUGUGACUCACUGUUGCAUUUUGCUGAUGAAAACAAAGCACGGACACACCUAUCAACACAGACAGUAGAAGAAGCUGCAGUUGAUAGGGCUGUGUAACAUCAUCACACACACACCUCAAACAGAAUGCUGGAAGAUCCUGCAUAAAAACAUAGCAUAGGCUUACGAGAAACAAAACCCCUAUAUAUUACUGUAAAUAGAUGUACAACUGUAUUGAAAAUGUAGCAAUUGUUUCCACUUUCAUACUUGUAAUCAAUAAAUAUAAUGUAGCAUAUAAUGUAUAAACGUACAUUUGUUCAAUUGUUUAAAAAAAAGAAUUAGUUACUUUAUCUGUUGCAAUUGGUCUACACACACAUUACUGUAUGAUUCCACCAAUAAAUGACAAGCCCUCAAGGCGAAGGCAAUGUC